UCGCUGCUCUCUCAACUCACACAGUCGCCUCUCUCUCUCCUUCUCAAAGAGGAAAGCAGUGCACCCACUGAAGCUUCUUGACCUUCACCUUCUCCAUCGAUGGCUGUCGCUACUGCUACUACCGCACUAGUGUUCGCAUUACUAGCCUCGGUUGUGUUUCGAGGUUCCUACGGCGGCAGAACUCUCAGUGCGUUGGUGGAGGAACAGCCCCUCGCCAUGACCUACCACAAGGGAGCUCUGCUCGCCGGCAACGUCUCCGUCAAUCUCAUCUUUUAUGGCAAGUUCACCGCCUCCCAAAGAGCCAUCAUUUCCGAUUUCGUCACUUCUCUCUCGCCCCUCCCCCACCAGAAGGACUCCCUGGAGCCCUCCGUGGCCACCUGGUGGAAGACCCUCGCCAAAUAUUAUGCUGCGUCGAGGACAUCGUUCCCUAAGCUUGGCCUCGGCAAGCAGGUCGUCGACGAGAAGUACUCCCUCGGCAGGUCCCUCCGCGACACCGACCUCGCGAAACUGGCCGCCAGGGGGGCGCCGCGGGACGCCGUGAACGUGGUGCUCACGGCCGAGGACGUUGCUGUGGAGGGAUUCUGCAUGAGCCGGUGCGGCACCCACGGCGCGUCCCGACGGUCCCGCGCCGGCCGGUUCGCCUACGUCUGGGUGGGCAACUCGGCGACGCAGUGCCCCGGCCAGUGCGCCUGGCCCUUCCACCAGCCGAUGUACGGGCCUCAGGCGCCGCCGCUGGUGGCUCCCAACGGAGACGUUGGUGUCGACGGAAUGAUCAUCAACCUGGCAGGGCUGCUGGCCGGCACGGCGACCAACCCGUUCGGCAACGGGUACUUCCAGGGGCCGAAGGAAGCGCCGCUUGAGGCGGCGACGGCGUGCCCGGGGGUCUACGGGAAGGGGGCCUAUCCGGGCUACGCGGGGUACCUGCUAGUGGACCCCGUGACGGGGGCCAGCUACAACGCUCACGGGGCACGCGGCAGGAAGUACCUUCUCCCCGCCCUCUUUGACCCGUCCACCUCAUCCUGCUCCACCUUGGUGUAGUUGUGGGUGGGCUCGGAGAAUGGAACACUAAGUGUUGGUGCUGGAACACUAAUCUUGACGCAUUCGCCAUACAACCACGAGAUUAUGAUGAAGAGAGGAGGACACAUAGUCACGUAGCUAUGUAGUUUGUAAUAAUUCUUUCAUUUGUUCAAUGAAAUCUUUAGGUAUUUAUAA